UUUGAUGAUGGCAGAGAAGACUAUGUGUGGUCAGAAGAAGAGAAAUUAGACAAACACAACCUAACCUCCUUCAUCAAGGAAAACAGCCUGGAGCUCAUUAUCCCAUUCAACCCCGAGGUAGCAGACAAGAUCUUCGCUUCUCGUAUCCGCCUGCAUAGCCUGCUGUUCAUCAACUCCACAGUGCAGGGUCAGCUGGAGCUGGUGGAGCAGGCCAAGGCUGUCGCCAAGGAGUUUAAGGGCAAGAUGUUGUUUGUUCUGAUUGAUGUGACACAGGCCCUGUCACAUGUGCUAAAUUAUUUUGGAGUGUCAGAAAGCGACGCACCGACUGCAAGGAUCAUCCACAUGGAAACACAGAAGAAGUUCAGUAUUCCCUCUGGAGCUCUAACAGCAGAUUCACUGUGGCUGCUGUGUCAGGAAGUUGUUGACGGCAUUGCAAUGCCAUACUAUCGUUCUGAAGAGAUUCCAGAGGAGUGGGACAAAGAACCAGUCAAAGUCCUGGUGGGCAAGAAUUUUAAAUCUGUGGCUCUGGACCCAGCCAAAAACGUCUUUAUUGAGUUUUAUGCUCCAUGGUGUGGACACUGCAAAGAACUGGCUCCGAUUUGGGACCAGCUGGGAGAGAAAUAUGCUGAUCAUGAAAACAUCAUCAUAGCCAAGAUGGACGCCACAGCCAAUGAAGUGGAGUCGCUUGUCAUUUCAGGAUUUCCAACCAUCAAAUAUUACCCAGCUGAAGGCAAAGAGGUGGUCGACUACACGGGAAACCGAGAUCUGGAGACAUUUAGCAAGUUCCUAGAUAGUGGAGGAGUUUUACCACAGGAAGAAAAUGGCGAGGAUGAUGAUGAUGAUGAUGAUGGUGAGGAGAGCUCAGAUGCAAAAGAAGAAGACAGCAGUGGUGAUCAAAGCAAGGAAGUAGACGAGUCUGCAGAAAUUUCUGAAAACAAGACGUCCAAAGACGAACUGUAAUCGUGCUUAAUGCAUAUUAAGGUCAAGCUAUCUUCUUCCAAUUUUCUUAGUAAAAGUUAUACAACUUAUGAAUCGUUGUCUCUCUACUGAGAAUUAGAAUGAGUGUUUAAGCUCUCAGUUUGCUACUUUUAAAACUAUUUGAUUCUUAAAAUGAUAAAGUUUGAUUUGACAACUUGAGGACAAAGAAUAAAGCUGUAUUAAGGAAAGAAA